AUGAAACUGCUACUUGUACUGGCGGUGGUCACCUGCUGUAAUGCAGCUAAAUUAGACAGAGCUUACCUCCCUCCAAACCAUGCUGCAACCUCUGGCGGCUCUGGUAACUUUCUUCAAACUCCUGUGAAUAAUUAUCAAAGAAAUGCUGGAUUCAACAAUGGAGCAGUUGGUAACAUUGGACGAGCUAAUAACUACCAGAAAAAUGGUAAUUAUGGACAAAACGCUGCUGGUUUCGAACAGAAUGCUGAUGGUUAUGUUCAGAAUGAUAAUAAUUUCGUUCAAAACGACAAUUAUGCUCAAAACAACAAUGGUUACAACAACUUUGGCAACAAUGAAGCAAGACCUGAACGUCCUAGGGCUUCUUUAGACAGGAAUGCUGCUAUACUUCGCCUAGAUAACCAGAAUGAUGGAGAAUCUUACGCUUAUGCUUAUGAAACUGAAAAUGGAAUUGUUGCUGAAGAGAAUGGAGUGGCGACUAAUGGAGUUGAAGCUCAGGGUGGUUAUUCUUAUACCGGUGAUGAUGGACAGGUGUACACUGUUAGAUACACAGCUGGAGUCAAUGGAUUUGUUCCUGAAGGCGAUCACCUUCCCACUCCUCCCCCAAUUCCUGAAGAGAUACUCAAAGUUCUCGAACAGAAUGCUCGCGACGAGGCUGCAGGGAUUUAUGAUGACGGAUCUUACAACGAAGAAAAAUACGGCGCUGCUAAUGGAAAUUACAACAAUUUUGGCAAUGGAAAUAAUUAUAACGAUAACAAUGACGGCUACAACUACAACAGCAACAAUGCUGGCAACACUUACAAUAACGAACAAAUUGGAAACGACGAGGACAGUGUUGUUACAACUAAUGCUCUUUUCCCAUCUGGAGCCAGACCUGCUGUCAGAAACCAAGCUUCAGUUUCCAACCAGGGCUAUAGAAACCAAGGUACAGUUGUCAAUAAUUACCUACCUCCUUUCGAAAGAUCUCAACCAACCAACGCUUUUAACAAUCAAGGAACGAAUGGCUUUAAUCAGGUUGGUAAUUACCAAAAUCAAGCCUUAAGAAACCAAGGUUUCAAUCCAGCUGGCAACUAUAACCAGGCUACUAGGAAUCAAAGUUACCAGGGUGGCAAUGAGGUACAAAAGGCUUAUCUGCCACCUUUUCGAAGGAACGAACAGAACCAGGGUAGUCAAGGCCCAGCUUAUAAUGGCCAGAACCGAAGAUUUGGAAACCAGGGUGCUAUAAACGGAGUGACCAAUGCCUACCUCCCUCCCAGCAACCAAAGAUCUCCGAGCUUUGGACGUAGACAACCAAGCUUCAAUGAAAGAAACGGAUACCAAUAUUAG